GCAGUGUAGUGUGGUGUCCGGCUGUCCGGCCCGGAAGGGGACACUGUUUGCCAAACAGGCUACGGUGCCAAACCAGUGAACCAGUUUGCGCGUCAGAACGCACCUAGAACGCCGGACACGUCAGAACGGACCCGGACCGCAGCAUCUUGGUGCUCCGGCGUGUGGCUCUCGCUCUCUCCGUGAGGGAGGCUUUCCCAGGAGUUUCCAGUGCGCGACGUUGGCUCUGAGCGACGCGGGAGAACCACAGAGUGAGGAGCGAGGAAGCUGGUCACCGCUGGCCACGGCACGCCUCGAAACCCGCGCACCACGGCCCACCGGGCGGCCACCGUAAUUGACUGUGCCCCGAGUGUCCCCAAAUCGCCGCCACAUUGGAAUACCAGGAGGAGGGUUGUGCGUGUUCGCACAGCUCGGAACCACCACCACCAUCCUGCAUCAGAGUCAUGGUCACCAAAAUAUGGAGCAGCUGUAUGCCGAAACCGAGCAGCUCACCGAACCGCGUCGAACGGCACCACUUCUACUUGUGUCAGUGGCAAAGCAGCACGCAGGUUGGCAUAUGCUACCUUCUGUACCGGUUGAUAGUGGCCAUCGUGUUCCUGGCGAUGCUCGUCUGCUCGGUGCUGGACAUAGGCCGCUCGGAGCCGAUGUUCGAGCACCACUACGCCAAGUGGUGGAUCUACCUGACGCACUGGGCCCUGCUGGCGUGCACCGUCCAGGCCUGGCUGGCAGCCAUCAUCGUCACCAAGGGCCUCAUGAUCGACCGGAACGAGUUCGAAUGGAACAUCCACGUCGCGAGGGAAAGUCGGCUUCACUCGGUCUACUGGAUAGCGUACACCAUCGCGACCGUCUACUCGUUCAUCGUCACCAUCGUCUACUGGACAUUCGUGUACGAUCCAAGUAAAAACCGGAUCGACGCUGUCAACCUCAUGGUGCACGUGCUCAAUUCUAUGAUUAUGCUAAUUGACCUGACCAUCGUUGGACACCCGAUCAAGCUGAACCACGCGUACUGGACGACCGGCAUCGGUGUGGCGUAUGCGCUCUUCUCCAUCGUCUACUACCUGGCGGGCGGCACCGAUCGCCACAAUGACUCCAGCAUCUACAAAAUGCUCGACUGGACCAAGCCCGGCAAAUCGAUCGUGAUCUGUGCGCUCGGCAUCUUCGCCGUGUUCCUGAUGCACUUCCUGUGCUACUCGCUCUACUGUCUGCGGGUGUGGCUGUACGCGCGCGUCUGCGUACAGGGCAACAACAGCAAGACGAGCAGCAACGAGAAGAUCACCUCCAUCACGAGGACACUGUCGUCGAUGGAGGAGGGGCAGCGCGAAAACUUCCUCAACCCAACGGCGGUGGUCGACCUGAAGUGAACGGCGUCAGUGCCACUACGCUCCCUUCCAAAAUCUGCAGCCCUUUCGAAUCCCUCUAGAGUAUACACGUUUGCAAAGUUCGUAAUAGCGUCCGUUCGUAGAAGGAGGUCCGUCGUACACCCAGUACCACCCAGUGCGGGGUUUUCCAGUUUUCGUCUCUCGUUCGCUCGUGGUACGGGUACGUGUCAUUAGCGCAUUCGUAGGCUCGCCGAGCUGCGUUGUCCAAGCGCGCCGAAAUCGUCGCGUAAAACGUGCGAUCCCAGGCCACCGUGUCGCCAGGUGAAACCGAACAGUAUUCUGUGGCCUGUCCGG